CCAAGGCAAAAAAAAAAAAAAAAAAUUAUAUAUUUGUACAGUAAAAGAAGGUGGCGGCAGCAGGAGGAGAUAGGACAGAGAGUAUUUUGAACAAGUCCACAAAAGAAGAGGUUUCGGCUGCGCUCCGCUGCAUGGUUGGCUGCUGUCUGAUAUUUCAUUCGGCCAAAAAAGACGCGACACCUCCAAAGUUCCGCGCGUAAUAAUAAAUAGAUGUGAUUCAGAGUUGGACGCCCGUCUUCAGCCUACACUUUAUUCGACAGUGACUUGAGAUUCCUGCGAAGCAAUUGGGCUUCAACUCCCGACCAAGGAGGCGGAGUCUUAACUUAUUAAAAGGAACUUGCCGAGGCUUGGACGCCCGCAAAUAUGAUGAUGAUGUCUCUGAACAGCAAGCAGCCUUUUGCUAUGGCCCACGCCAGCUUGCCCGAACCCAAGUACUCGUUGCAUUCCUCUUCAUCCUCCACCCUGACUUCCAAUGCACCUUCAUCCUCGUGCUCGUCCUCCCGACACAGCAGCACCAUCAUCAGCAGCAGCGGCAGCAGCAGCAGCAGCAGCUCGGAGGCGAUGCGCAGAGCCUGUCUCCCAACCCCACCGAGCAAUAUAUUCGGCGGCUUGGAUGAGAGUUUGUUGGCCCGGGCUGAAGCUCUAGCGGCGGUGGAUAUAGUCUCGCAGACCAAGAGCCACCACCACCCUCCACAUCACAGUCCCUUCAAGCCGGACGCAACCUACCACACCAUGAACACUCUCCCCUGCACGUCGUCUUCCUCCUCCUCCUCCUCGGUGCCUAUUUCUCAUCCGUCCGCCUUGGCCGGCCACCACCACCAUCACCACCACCACCACCACCACCAGCCGCACCAGGCACUGGAGGGGGACCUGCUGGACCACAUCACCCCGGGACUGGCACUGGGAGCCAUGGCUGGGCCGGAUGGCUCGGUGGUUUCCACGCCUGCGCACCCUGCCCACAUGGCGGGCAUGAACCACAUGCACCAGGCAGCCAUCAACAUGGCUCAUGCCCACGGGCUACCGCCGCACAUGGGCAUGAACGACGUGGACGCCGAUCCCAGGGACUUGGAAGCCUUCGCGGAGAGGUUUAAGCAGAGACGGAUCAAACUCGGGGUUACCCAGGCGGAUGUAGGGUCAGCGUUAGCCAGCCUCAAGAUUCCUGGGGUGGGCUCCCUCAGCCAAAGCACCAUCUGCCGAUUCGAGUCGCUGACGCUCUCUCACAACAACAUGAUUGCUUUGAAGCCCAUCCUGCAAGCGUGGCUAGAAGAAGCCGAGAAAUCACACCGGGAGAAACUUAAUAAACCCGAGUUGUUCAACGGCGCGGAGAAAAAGAGGAAGCGCACGUCGAUAGCCGCGCCGGAGAAGAGAUCACUGGAGGCCUAUUUUGCCAUUCAGCCGCGUCCCUCCUCGGAGAAAAUCGCAGCCAUCGCAGAGAAGCUGGACCUGAAAAAGAACGUGGUGCGGGUCUGGUUUUGUAACCAGCGACAGAAACAGAAACGAAUGAAAUACUCUGCAUGCGUCUGAGCCCGCUUCCAAUCACCACCCU